AUGGAAGCCUUGUCAAAGCUGAGGAGUAGGCAUUUGGUCAGCCUUCUUGGACACUGCAUUGUCACUUAUCAGGACCAUCUAACUACAACUAGCACCGUAUUUAUUGUUCUUGAGAACAUCUCAAAUGGCUCUUUGGUGGACCAUCUCACUGGUAAAGCUCGAACUAAAAGCAAUUAUCAGAUCAUCAAGAAAAGGGAAUACUUUGUUUAUGGUUAUCUUUUCUCAGAGCAGCUCACACAAGACGCACUGUGCAUGGACAAAAACAACAUGACUGCUGAAGUAAGAUUUGUGUUUGUGGAGUUUGAUGUUAAUUUUGCAAGUCUUGUAGAAGGGCUUGCUGUUGCUGAUAUUUUGGCCUCAAUCAUCCAACAAGAGGUCAAACUAGUUGUGGGUGUUAAGAAAGAAGUGGCAAAGCUCACUAGCAAUUUCAAAGAUAUUGAAGUUGUGCUCGAGAAUGCAGAGGAGAGGCAGGUGAAUGAGGUGGAUGUGAGACAAUGGCUGGAGAGGUUGAAGGAUGUAUCCUACGAGAUGGACGACGUGUUGGACAAGUGGAGUACUGAAAUCCUGAAGCAACAUAUUCAGAAACAAGAAGCUGGUAAUGCUGGUAGUACUAGUACUACAAAGAAGACAACUCUUGCCCAACUUGCCUAUAAUGAUGAAAAGGUUCAAGCUCAUUUCAACACUAGACUAUGGGUUUGUGUCUCAGAUCCUUUUGAUAAGAUCAAAAUUGCCAAAGCCAUCAUUGAGGGUCUGACAAAAGAGACCCCAGCUUCAAAUGAGUUGCAAACUCUGAAGUCCAUUAUACAUGAGUCCGUUAAGGGCAAGAAGUUCCUUCUUGUCCUAGAUGAUGUGUGGAACCAAGACUAUAGAAAGUGGGAACAAUUAAAGCUACCUUUACAAAACGGGGUUGUGGGUAGUAGAAUAUUGGUGACCACACGAAAAGAGGAAGUUGCGAGGAUGGUGGUGGGAGCAUCCACUGAUAUUGUCAAUUUGGAGGUGUUGAGUGAAGAAAAUUGUUGGGCAUUGUUCUAUCACAUUGCACUGGCUGAUAGAGAAAAAAGAGAGUCUAAAGUGUUAGAAUUUAUUGGUAAAGAAAUUGUCAAAAAGUGUAAGGGCCUGCCCCUUCUUGCAAAGACAAUGGGUGGUCUCAUGUGCUACAAGAAAACGAAGAAAGAAUGGGAAGACGUUUUGAAUAGUAAGAUAUGGAAGUUAGAUGUGGUUGAGGAACAAGUUUUCCAACCACUGUUACUAAGUUAUUAUGAUUUGGCCCCGGCAAUCAAACGUUGUCUUUUGUAUUGUGUCAUUUUCCCAAAAGAUUAUGAAUUUGCUAAAGAUGAGUUGAUUGAGUUGUGGAUGUCACAAAAUUAUCUUAAUUCAAUUGAAAACAAAGAAAAAGAAGCAGUAGGCGAAAUGUACUUUGAUAUCAAGAAUUUGAGGAAGAUGAACUUGGAAAUAUAA